AUGACCCAAUUCAAAGUUCAAAGCGGGGCCAGUCUUUUACCCUACCAAGAAUCGGGAGGUGACCCUCUUCGAUGUGGUAUUUGGGACCCCGUUAACGCUCGCUUUACGACAUGCUUUCUUCCAGUCAUUUCAGUUAUCCCAGCUGCUCUAUCAGUAUGCAUUGCUCUUGGAUUUCUACUGAGGCACCCAUGUGGCUUACUGUCACCAAAAUGGUCAAGAACCUUCAUUAAAGAACCCAAAGAGGUAGAAGAAGAUGACGAGGUUAAUUCCCAGGCAAAGAGGAGGCUUAGACGCCUCACUCUCCCACUAUUUGUUGUAUCGAUGGCUGGCCUUGUCCUGCAGAUACUUACCAUAUUCUUCCCAAUCUUUCGGAUGGACAUGAUGAUAUACCUCACAAUUUCCUGGGCCGCUGCUUGUCUCCUGGUUGCCAUAACGCGCCCUGUUACUACACCAAAAGCUUUGCUUGUCCUCUAUAUUAGCAUCUUUAUUUCGGAAUUCAUCAUCCUGCUAGACGGAGUUCUUGAAGUCGGACCAUACGGCGUACCUUCGGUUCUGGCCCUUUUCGCGGCCCUUGGCGCGAUCAUCAUUAUCUGCAAUAUGCCACUGCGGCAUCACACGUUGCCAAGUGACAAAAUCAGCCCCGCAUUUGGACCGCCAACAUACAAUCUUCGGAGUCCUGAAGAUAAUCUGACGCUGUGGCAAUACAUGAGCGUAUCGUGGAUGUCACCACUCAUCAAGUUGGGGAAUUCUAGACAAUUAAACGAUGAAGAUGUGUGGAGCCUUGGGUAUGAAUUUCAGCAUAGGUUGCUGCAUGACAGUUUUAGGGAGCUAAAGGGAACAGUCCUGAGACGGCUCUUGGAAGCCAAUGGCCUUGAUCUGAUUAUCAUCUCUUUUCUCAGUUUGAUAGAAUUGUUCGCAAAUUACUCCGCACCGGUACUCUUGCAGAAGAUCCUCCAAUCUAUGGAGAAUCCUAGCUCACCGAAAAGUGCUGCUUUGACAUAUGCUGUCAUAUCACUUGUUAUCCGCUUAAUAGCAGAUCAAUCCUCCGUGUUUAGUCUUUGGUACGGAAGACGCUGUUACGAAAGAUCGCGAGGAGAGAUGAUUACUAUGCUUUACGAGAAGACACUGUCAAGAAAAGUCGUCAGUGUAAGCAGUAAAGCCAGGAUAGAGGAAAAUUCCGAGCAGACUACAAAUGGACAUGCAAAACAAACGGACUCCUCUGGUUGGAGAAGAUGGCUCAGUUAUGUUCUUUAUCCGCUUCAAACUUGCUGUGGGAAUCGUUUUAAGAAGGCAAAGUCUCCAGAUAAAAAGGAACUGGCUUCGAUGGGCAAGAUUCUGAAUCUCAUGCGAUUCGAUGCCUACGAAGUUGCGCAAAGAUUUUGGGAAUUUUCGAAUCUCAUAACCCAGCCGCUUGGCUUGGUCAUCUCGGUCGUACUUAUCUGGAAAUUGAUUGGUUGGCCUUGCUUGAUCGGAGUUCUGACAGUGUUCUUUGCUCAAGCCAUCAAUGCUUUGAUUGCGCGGGUCCUUCUGCGUUGGGAAGCAGAGCGUAGAGCAGCCACAGAUACAAAACUCCAAAAGAUAUCUCAAGUUGUUGAGUCUAUCAGACACCUACGAUGGUAUGGAUGGCAAGAUGUCUGGCUCAGCCGCGUCAUGAAAGCAAGACAGCAUGAGCUAUCUCUCCGAGUAGUAACUGCCAUAUUCCGUAUGAUGAUCAACUUCACCAACGUCUUUGCAAGUGGUAUGUUUCCUGUAGCCGCAUUCUAUGCAUAUACAGCUCUGGCGGGAUUACCUUUGCGGGUUGACAUCGCGUUCCCUGCACUACAGCUAUUCAGCAUGCUCGAGAACAGCCUGCAAGAAUUGCCGAACACUAUUACCGUACUCUUGAAUGCGAUGGUUGCGGUCAAACGUCUUGAGGCCUUCAUGCAGGAACCGGAUAAAGCCGCCCCCGAAGAAGCAAGCCCAACCUCCACCAACAAGCUUGAAAUGAAAAAUGCUUCAUUUGCAUGGCCUGGAGCUAAGGAGCCUGUGUUAAAAGAUAUCACACUCGCAUUUCCACCUGGCUUGACUGUUGUUUGUGGUGAAGUCGGUGCUGGAAAGACAGCUCUACUGCAGGCGCUGCUUGGUGAGGUGGACCUCGUGGAAGGCGAAUACCAUCGGUCAAAUGAGAUGGUUGGUUACAGUGGCCAGACCCCAUGGCUUCAAAGCAUGAGCAUCCGUGAGAAUAUACUCUUCUCUGCUCCAUACGAAGAGGUUCGAUAUCAGCAAGUCCUAGAGGCUUGCGCCUUACUUCCAGAUAUGGCAAACUUCAAACAUGGCGAUUUGUCAAUGAUUGGCGAGAAUGGUAUUGGACUAUCAGGCGGACAAAAAGCCCGUCUAUCCCUUGCAAGAGCAGUAUACUCCAAGGCCAAUAUACUGUUCCUUGAUGACCCUCUCUCAGCUUUGGAUCAUCAGACUGCAGAAAGCAUCGUACGAAAAUGUCUCAAAGGCCCAUUGCUCAAGGAUCGAACCACUGUUCUCGUUACUCAUCGAACUGAGCUCUGUAUCCCUCUUGCUGAGCAAGUGGUCCAGAUAAAAGAUGGGAGGGCUGAGGUUCUCGAUCCCAAUUCGAUCCCUUCGAAUACCCUGCACAGAGUAAAAUCAUCCGACUCGUCUGAGGGCCAGGAAAUGAACGAUGAGCAAAUACAAUCCGCCAUUCCCGAGAAAUUCAUGGAAGACGAGCAUCGAGCACACGGCGGUGUCAAGGCCUCAGUUUAUUGGGAAUACAUCAAAGCAGGAAAGUUGAAAUGGUGGUUCAUUCUCAUAUGUGCUCUUGCUUUAAACCGCCUCAUUGAUAUUGGGGAAACUUGGUUCCUCAAACAAUGGGGUGAGGCAUAUGGAAAAGUGCAACAAUUAGUUGCAUCAAAUCCUUUCCGUCAUCUACCCUCCCCAGAAACUGAUGUCAAGCCAUGGCUUCUUGGGUUUUUCCUAAUUGCUACCGCUAAUGCUGUUGCAUUCCUCAUCUCUCAGGGUUUCAUGCUGGUUAUCGUCUACAAAGCUGGGAAGAAUUUGUUCGAGCGGGUCAUGACCCGGGUCAGCCACGCAACGUUCCGAUUCUACGAUGUUACUCCUGUGGGCCGGUUGAUGAACCGCUUGACGUCCGAUAUCAACACCGCUGAUGGAAACAUAAGUAUAUUGUUCCAGAACGUUGCAUUAUUAUCGAUUAUGUGGGUAUCGUCAAUCGUUGUCAUCGGAUCAGUCACUCCACUGUUUCUGAUCUUCGCCAUCGCUCUCACCAUCGCCUUCGUCAUCAUUUUCUCUCAUUUCCUUCCCACAUCUCAAAGUCUGCGGCGACUGGAGAUGGUAUCUUUGAGCCCACUCAUAUCAAACUUUGGUGCUCUUUCUGAUGGGUUGACCACCGUUCGCGCUUUCUGCGCACAAUAUCGUUUCCAAGAGCGGGUUAUUGCUGUGACGGACAAUUUCCAAAAGAUGGAUCACUUCUACUGGAGCCUCCAGGCUUGGUUAAUGUACCGGUUCGAUGCGCUGUCAGCUUGCUCGACGUUUCUUUUGACUGCUCUAGCAUUAUUUACCGGAGUGUCACCUGGACUCACAGCAUUCGUUCUAUCAGCCGCAUCCAGGUUCGUUAUAGCAACACAUACCCUCUGUAAGACAUACGGCCAACUUCAAAUGGAUUUUGUGUCCGUUGAGCGAGUCGUCGAACUUUUAUAUCUCGACCAAGAACCACCCGGAAAUGUCCAACCUCCAGCCUACUGGCCAACCUUCGGAGGAGAUAUCGUGUUCGAAGACGUGACCAUACAAUACGCACCCCAUCUGGAGCCUGCGCUCUCCAACGUAUCACUCACAAUAAAAGGUGGGUCUACAACCGCACUCAUAGGCCGUACCGGUUCAGGAAAAAGCACCUUAGCACUCUCACUGCUCGCCACGACCUUACCUACCAGCGGACGGAUUCUGAUCGAUGGCAUUGACAUCUCGACCGUGGACACGCAAGCGCUACGCAAACGCGUGACGUUCCUCGCCCAAGAACCCGUCUUAUUCCCCGGCACCAUGCGCGCGAAUCUCGACCCGCUCGACGAGUAUUCCGACUCGGAAUGCCUCUCGGUCCUGUCCAAGAUCGCCUCGCGACACGCCUGGACCCUCGAUACGCAUAUCGACACGGGCGGCAAGAAUCUCUCGCAGGGCCAGCGACAGCUGGUCGGCUUGGCGCGAGCGCUGCUCCGCAGGAGCCCCAUCGUGAUCAUGGACGAGGCUACGGCGAGUAUCGAUAUGGAGACGGCGAUGCGCAUCCAGGAGAUCCUGAGGGAGGAGAUGAGGGACAGCACAGUGAUCACGAUCGCGCACCGCGUGGAAGCGGUCAAGAAUGCAGAGUUCUGUGUCGUGCUGGGCAAGGGACGAGUAAUAGAACAGGGGAGAGCGGGGGAUAUGGUGGGGAGGAUGGAGGGGUAG